AUGAAGGUUAUCGAGCGGUUCUGGCAACUAGAUGAACCAGAAAAGGCAAACAAAAAUCUAUCUCCUUCCGAAGAGUUGUGCGAGUCUCAUUUUGCAACUUAUAUGAAAAGGAAUCAAGACGGUCGAUUCAGUGUCAGAUUACCCUUCAAGCAAGAUCCAUCGUUGCUUGGUGAGUCAAAACACAUUGCCAUUAACAGGUUUUUAGCGUUGGAAAGAAGACUCGAUAAGGAUGUAAUACUCAAAACACAGUAUGUACAGUUCAUGAAUGAAUAUGCUGAUCUCGGACACAUGGAAAGGGUUGACAUCAACCAAGUUAAUCCUCAUUAUGUCAUCCCACAUCAUGGCGUUUUACGGCCCGAUAGCAGCACCACGAAAUUAAGAGUGGUGUUUGAUGCAUCGUGCAAGACGAGUAGUGGACUAUCGUUAAAUGAUACAAUGUUUACUGGCCCUACAAUUCAAGAGGAAUUGUUUGCGAUUUUACUUCGAUUCAGGUGCCCAAGAUUUGACUUUUGUUCUGACAUUCAAAAAAUGUACAGACAAAUUAUUAUUCAGCCCGAAGAUCAAAGAUAUCAAUUAAUAGUCUGGAGAAGCAAUAAUAACGAACCCUUACAAUUUUAUCGAUUAAAAACAGUCACCUAUGGAACACGAUCCGCCCCAUAUCUGGCUACUAAAUGCUUACAACAGUUGGCGAAAUCUGAGUUGCAAAAAUAUCCACUAGGUGCAGCAGCACUAAGUAAUGACUUCUACGUAGAUGAUUGCCUAAGUGGAUCAAAUAGUCUCCAAACUGCCAAAGAUAUACAAACUCAGUUAAAAGGUUUGUUGGAAUCAGCAGGAUUCAAGCUACGUAAAUGGUGUGCCAACCAUCCGUCACUUCUUCAAAAUAUUGCAAAAGAAGAUCAAGAAGUUGAUUUGGACUUUCAAAGUGACGACGCAACAUCAAUCAAAACAUUAGGAUUGACUUGGCAACCAAAAGAAGAUCAAUUUCGCAUAAAAUUAAAACUGGAUCCAUUAAAAAUCAUUACUAAAAGCACCAUUACUUCGAACCUAGCCAAAAUUUUCGACCCAUUGGGAUUACUAGGUCCAGUACUCGUAACAGCAAAAAUACUAAUUCAGGACCUAUGGCAAUUACAAUUAACGUGGGACGAAGCAGUACCAGCCGAAAUAUACACUAGGUGGACUACCUUUUAUUACGAUCUACAAGUACUAGAUCAAUUUAAAAUAGAUCGUCAUAUAUUCGGAAAACAGAUGCCAGCACUUGAAUCAAUACAAUUGCACGUAUUUUGUGAUGCUUCACAAAAGGCAUACGGAGCCGCAGUCUACGUUCGAGCGAAACUAAUGGAUGGUCGACUAAUAAAUAGAUUGUUGUGUUCCAAGUCUCGUGUUGCUCCACUCAAAAAACAAACGAUUCCAAGGUUAGAACUGUGUUCAGCUCUAUUAGGAGCGACAUUGAUGAAAAAGGUUAAGAACAAUAUAAAUCAUGAUGUAGCAACAUAUUAUUGGACUGAUUCAGAAAUCGUUCUCUUCUGGAUCAACUCUUCAUCAGCAAGGCAUCAACAGUUCAUAGCAAAUAGAAUCAAUGCAAUUCAGGAAAUUAGCUUGCCUAAUCAAUGGCGUCACGUAAGAUCUAAGGAUAACCCAGCUGACUCAUUAUCACGGGGUAUCAAGCCAGCUCAAUUACUCGAAAAUAACUUGUGGUUAUACGGUCCACUCUUUCUUCAUGGUUCCGAAAGCAACUGGCCUGGCGAAUUCAAUAAAACUCUCUGUAUUGAUCCGGUGAAUCCUGAAUGGAAACAAACGACAAGGGAAGUGGCCUUAAUCUCAACUGAUUACGAUAUCCAUUGGAUCGAUAGAAUCAAUCACAGGAAUUCAUUUAGAACUCUACUACAUACGGUGGGAUAUAUGCUGCGAUUUGUAAAUCGGGCAAGGCGAACCAAUUUAAGCAAUAUCACUAUGGCUCUAAGCCCUAUCGAACUGGAGCUGUCACUCAGGCAUAUAGUGAAGUACAUACAACAGUCAGAACUAAAAGAAGAAUUAAAUCAGUUAGAACGCAACUAA